UGCGCAAUACUCAAACAAUGAUGAAAUUGUUGUGAUCAAUCUUGGCACCAUAGAUACGAAGCGAAAACAAACAGCAGAAUACACUAAAAAAAUUAUUGAAAAGUGUUUAUAUAAGUUUGGAAUCAAUAAAACUAAUAUUUUAGGCCUCAGUGUUGACAACGCGGCAGUGAAUAUAAAGUUGGUGCGCGACUUCGGCAUCAGCGCCAUUGAGGAAAUUGACGAUGACGAAGGCGAUUUUUCAGUAGAAACUGAUGAGUUUGACGAAAAUGGUAAUUCUACAGCGGACAAUGCAGCAGCAGUCUUGGCAAGUGGAGUUGCCGGUAGCAUGAGUGUUAUACAUCUUCAAAGAUGUGCUGUCCACACUUUACAGUUAGCCGUGAAUGAUGCAUUGAAGAGGCUCACAAUGAAAAAUCUUAUUAGUCAUGCGAGAGAAGUUGUGAAAACUGCAAGAAAUUCUAAGUAGAUUGACUUCUUCAGGGACCAAGCUACACAUCUCGUUCCAAUUUUAGAUCAGGCUACCUGUUGGUCUAGCCAGUUCAAUAUGAUUGAGAGGCUAAUUAAGAUUCGACCAGUAAUUCAAAUUUUGAAUAUGCAAAAAGAAGCUCCAAAAGAAUUUAAUGUGCAACCAUAUCUUUGGGGAAUGUGGGAGGAAUUGAGAGAUAUAUUGCAAAUGGCAUACGAUCUUACUAUUCGUCUUCAGCGUGAAAACAUCACAGCAGGUAAAUUCCUUUUUGAUUGGAAUUCAAUAAAGUGUGAACUAGACAGGAAGGACAGCAACUUAGCCAAAGAUUUCCGGAAAGGAAUGGAUAAUAGAGAAAGCACACUACGCGAAAAUUCGUUGUUUCUUGCAGCAGUUUACGUGGAUAUUAGACAUGGCUGUAUGCUGACAGCGACUAAAGACAAGGUUGCUUUUUUUAAUAAAAUUUUAUUUAUAUAUAUACAUUUUAUUUAUUUAACUUUAAAAAGUAUAUAUUCAAAAAACUAUAAAUGUUUCUAUAGAUAGCUGCAGCUGAUGGACUUUGGAAAAUUAAUUACAAACUGAUUCAACUGGCUA